CGCGAAGCUAAAGUGCUACAUGCUAAAUCGCGAAGCAGCUCAUUUAGAAACAUAGUAAAUGAGCAGCAACGAAGUGUGCUUGCUCCUCGGGGCUACGGGCGUCGGGAAAACCUUGCUUUUAAAACGUCUCCUCAAGCUCAGUCUGCAUGGGGCCAAUGAAGUGGAUGGUUGUCCACAGACCCUGCCAACAGUAGGAACCAACCUGACAGACCUGACACUAAGGAGAAAGAAGCUGACUGUGAGGGAGCUUGGAGGCUGCAUGGGCCCAAUCUGGCCCAGUUACUUCAAUGAUUGCUCAUCUGUCAUUUUUGUGGUGGACUCGGCCAACAUCGCUCAGGUGUCAUCGUCGUGCAUCCAGCUGCUGUCUGUGCUCUCCAAUGAAGCCCUACGAGAAGCUUCUGUGCUUAUAAUCUUCAACAAGAGGGACAUGCCUUGCACGAUGAGCCUAGUUGAAAUGCGGUCCCUGUUCCGGCUGGAUGACGUGGUAGCCAGCGCUCAUCAGACAAUCACCACGCUGGAGGCAAGCGCUCGCACUGGAACGGGACUACUGGAGGUGUUAACUUGGCUGGAAUCCAUUGCCGUCAAAUGACAUCCAGUCAGCAUAAAAAGGGCGCUACACUGACAUUUGAUUUAAAUAGUGAAGAAAAUGGAAUCAGGGCAAAGUCAUUUAGGCUGUAGGUCAAGUCAUUCGUUGGCAUAAAGAAAUUAAUUUUAUUCCUGGUCCGAAAAUGAUUUUUUAUUCACUGCAAGUAAUGUGUCUUUGUUCAUCUAUCUAUACCAGUGACAUAUAGUGACAGACAGAACAAUGACAUGCUCUUCCACUAGAUGGCAAAAGGUACAUAAUUGACCUGUGUAUCCAGUAUUGGUGACAUUUUGGUUUUAUUUGUGCCAUGGGAGUUUACUAAAGUCCAAAAGCUCUUGUUAAACUCUUCUAAAGCCGAGCUGAAAAGUAAAACCUAAAGCACUUUCACCCGUGCAAACUACACAAUCUUCCAAUUUAGCCCAAAAAACAAAACAAAACAAAAACGGAUGCUUUAGUAAUAGUGCUUUACGAGUCCAUAGUGUACAACAGCAGCAGGUGGUACUGACACAAACAGCUGAGCGUGCGACAGGAUUGUUGAGUACACAAUGGCAGAAAACCUUUGAAUGGAAAUAAAGGCCAAAGUGCAAUGGCAACAAUUUACACUGUUCGUUUUUUGUUAGCCAGUUAGCAAUAGCAUGAAAAGGAGUUUUAUCUGAUACACUAACACUGGCUCCUCCAUUUCCAGUUCCAGGUUGACUAUUUGUAGUUUUAUUAAUUUUUGUUCCCGCCUUCCAUUUAUUUUGGGUGCAACUCUACCCACUGACAAUGUGUACAUUUGUCUGAAGAAUAAAGAAGAAUGAAAACACAAAGUGUUUUGGCUCAGCCAAGUUUUUGCUAAAGAUGAUUACUCUAAUUAUUUCAAUCCUGUUUUUGUCAGAAUUAUUAAUAUUG